UCACAGUGGAAAGAGCGUUGUGAGGAUGAGGUCCGAGGUUCUGGUUCUGUGUUUGGUCCUGGUUCAGUCCUGGUCUCAGUCCCGGUCUCAGUCCAUAGACCCGGUCCAGCUUCUGGCCCAGCGCUGGUCGGACUUUGGGUUCCGUUUGUUCCGGGAGGCGGCGUCUCGCUCGGACCAGAACCUGCUCCUGAGUCCCAGCGGAACCGGACUGAGUCUGAGCUCGGUUCUGGAGCGAAGCGCCGGCAGCGGCAGAGAGCAGCUGGAGAGGGCCCUGGGGCUGCAGGGCCUGCAGGCUGCAGACCUGGUCUCUGGACUUCGAGCAGCGGUGGGUGGAGACUCUCUUGGGGGCGUGGCCUGGUUCGUGGCGCAGGGGGCGGAGCCUGAUGAUGCGUACAGGAAGAGUCUGGAGGGGAGUUUUGGGGCGGACCUUCAGACGGUGGACUUCGGCUCACCUCAGGACUCUACGGACUCCAUCCAGCGCUGGGUCCUGGAGCAGACCCGACAGCGAGUCCAGACCCCGACGACCGGACUAGACCUGGGACCGGACCCACAGCUGGUCCUCGCCUCGGCUCUUCACGUCCAGAGCCGGUUCUCGGUCCCCUUUAAUGCGUCCCAGACGGUGCAGGAGCGGUUCUUCGUGGACCGGUACCACACGGUGAUGGUUCCGAUGAUGCUGACCACGGGCAGGUUCCUGUUGGCGUACGACCGGAACCUGAGGACUGGAGUCCUGAGGCUGGGACUGGACCGGGACCGAGCAGCCAUGUUGGUUCUGCUGCCGGACGAGGGCGUGCACGUGAGCGCGCUGGAGGACGAGCUGAGCGGCGAAAAACUCCAAAAACUCGUCCGAGCGCUCAAGAAGACGCGUCUCGAGGUCCAGAUUCCGCGCUUCGCUCUGGAACAGGCCACGCCCCUAAAACCCGUCCUCCAGAAGCUGCAGGUCACACAGGUGUUCGCCGACAACUCCCUCUCCCAGGUCCUGGACUCGGUGGCUCUUUCCGUGGACGAGACUUCGGCGCCGGGAAGCGUGGCCAGCUCUUUUAAGACCCCGCCCCCUCGGCUCACUGUGAAUCGGCCGUUCCUAUUGGUCGUUUAUCACGAAGCAACAGAAACGGUGCAGAUGAUUGGACGAGUCAUGGACCCCACCCAGAAAUGACCAGUCACAUCACACCCUGGUCUAGUCCAGGUCUAGUCCUGGUCUAGUCCUGGUCUAGUCCCGGUCUAGUCCUGGUCUAGUCCCGGUCUAGUCCAGGUCUAGUCCUGGUUUAGUCCCGGUCUAGUCCAGGUCUAGUUCUGGUUUAGUCCCGGUCUAGUCCAGGUCUAGUUCUGGUUUAGUCCUGGUUAUUUCUGGUUUGUUUUUCGUUUGUUUCCUUCAAUUAAAUAAACUGUCUUGAACCUGAAGUUUUGUAGUACUGCAGAAAAGCAGUACAACUACUACUACUACUACUACUAUCACUACUACUACUACUACUACUACUACUACUACUACUAUAGUACAGUACUGUUACUGCCUGAGCUUGUACUUUGUCACUUUUAAUUCCACUAAAACUGUGUAUUUUUACUUAAGUACUGGAACUGUCUCCUCCCUCCUUGUUUUCACUCUCUGACGCUAUCUCCUUGUCUCCUUGUCUUCUCCCUCCUUGUCUCCUUGUCUCCUCCCUCCUUGUCUCCUUGUCUCCUCCCUCCUUGUCUCCUCUCUCGGUCUCUGUUUCCUUGUGAGUUUUUCUUGUGAUGUAAUGAUCUGUUAAACACUACACUUCCCAUGAUGCUCUGCUUCUGCUGGUCAAUAAUAAACAACUGUUACAAAUGUG